GAAGAUUAGCAAGCGCGAAAAGUUCCGUUCUGACGAGCCGACUCGACCCACCCUUGUAGCAAUCUCUCCGUUUCGACUUGUCCCCGCCGCAUCGACUAGGCCCAAUGGCGGCGGCGACGAUGCCGAGGGCUUCCACGUCCCGGCGCGGCCGCGGGAUGGCGACCUCGCGGGGCGUGGAGGUGGUCACCAGCUUCGAGGAGAUGGGGCUCCGCGAGGAAGUCCUCCGCGGCAUCUUCGAGUACGGGUACGAGAACCCCUCCGCCAUCCAGCAGCGGGCCAUCCUCCCCAUCAUCAGCGGCCGCGACAUCAUCGCCCAGGCGCAGUCCGGGACCGGCAAGACCUCCAUGAUUUCGCUCGCCGCCUGCCAGAUGGUCGACACCACGGUUCGCGAAGUGCAGGCAUUGAUAUUGUCACCAGCGAGGGAACUUGCUUCACAGACAGAGAGAGUAAUCCAGGCUAUUGGUCAAUUCAUGAGCAUACGAGUCCAUGCUUGUGUUGGUGGAAACAGUGUUGGCGAGGAUAUAAGAAAGCUUGAGCAUGGAGUGCAUGUUGUGUCAGGAACGCCAGGCAGAGUCUGUGAUCUGAUCAAUAGAAGGACCCUGCGUACAAGAGCCAUCAAGCUCCUAGUUCUGGAUGAAGCUGAUGACAUGCUUGAGAGAGGGUUUAAGAGUCAGAUAUACGAUAUCUACAGAUAUCUCCCCCCAGACCUUCAGGUUGUUUUGAUCUCUGCAACUAUGCCGGCUGAAAUCUUGGAGAUAACUAGCAAGUUUAUGACUGAUCCAGUUAGGAUCCUUGUAAAGCGUGAUGAGCUGACUUUGGAGGGAAUCAAGCAAUUCUUUAUUGCUGUUGAGAAAGAGGAAUGGAAGUUUGAUACACUUUGUGACCUUUAUGAUACACUCACGAUCACCCAAGCUGUCAUUUUCUGCAAUACUAAGAUUAAGGUGGACUGGCUGACUGAAAGAAUGCGCCGCAACAACUUCACCGUAUCAUCUAUGCAUGGUGACAUGCCUCAAAAGGAAAGAAAUGCCAUCAUGGCUGACUUCAGGUCUGGUGCAACUCGUGUUCUAAUCACAACCGAUAUUUGGGCUCGUGGGCUGGAUGUUCAGCAGGUCUCUCUUGUCAUAAACUAUGAUCUCCCGAGCGAUCGCGAGCUUUACAUCCAUCGCAUGGGUCGUUCUGGUCGGUUUGGGCGCAAGGGUGUGGCGAUCAAUUUUGUCCGUGAGAUUGACAUCACGAUACUGAGAGAUAUCGAGCAGUUCUACAGCGCACAAAUUGAUGAAAUGCCAAUGAAUGUUGCGGAUCUAAUCUGAGUGUAGGAGAUAGAAGAAUGCACGCCCUCCUAUGUUUCAUCACUGUGUCUCGUGAACUACUGGAGUUUUUUUUUUUAAUGUUGUUGGGACUUCAACUCUGGAAGGGUUGUGAAUAUUGGUGACUGACGUGAGCUGUAUAUAUUUUAGCACCCGCUCAUGUAACAGUGUUAUUGCAUUUCUUCCCUGGAAAUGAUACUUGUGUUCAUCUAGUGUGAGAUCGAUUUGGUAGGCAUCAUGGAAUCAUAUAUUUCUUGUUUUUACUGCUGCUAAAA